GACUCCCCUCUCAACUCUCCCACCACCAACCGCACUUAGAAUUCUCUCCUCUCCUUUCCAACCAUCCCAAUUUCUCUCUCUUUUCUUCCCUUCCCAGUCUUCAUCAACUUCCAAGCAAUUAGUAGUACUUUAAGAAGGGAAGGAAAGAAGAAAUGGCCAUUAGGAAGUCCAACAAGCUGCCUCAAACGGCUGUUUUGAAGCAGAUACUGAGGAGGUGCUCAAGCUUGGGGAGGAGUGGAGGAGAGCAAGAAGGGUUGCCGGUGGACGUGCCAAAAGGCCACUUUCCGGUGUACGUAGGGGAGAACCGGAGCCGGUUCAUUGUUCCUAUCUCUUAUCUCUCCCAUCCCGAGUUCCAGAGCCUCCUCAGGCGAGCCGAGGAGGAGUUCGGCUUCGACCAUGACAUGGGCCUCACCAUCCCCUGCGAGGAGGUCGUCUUCCGGUCCCUCACCUCCAUGCUACGAUGAACAGGAUAAAGAUUAGGAGGAAUGAAGGAGCGCUCUCUCUCUCUCUCUCUGUGUGGCUUGCUCUCUGUUCGUUUUUCCUUUUUGCCGGCUUCUCUCUCAUCUGUCCUGUCCUUUUUGCCGGCUCCUGUGUUCUUUUCUUCUUUUUUCUUGUAGUGAUUCUGACUUAAAGCCCCCAUGGGAUUGUCUAUGGGUAGGAUUUGUACAUCUCUGAGCGGCGUGCGGUUUGCGCCGCCCUAUGAGAGCUGAUUAGUGAAGGAUUAAGAGAUAUCCAUCUCUAUUUUGUUCUCCUA